AUGUCGUCCUCUGCCAUACCAGGUACCAUUCAGCUGGUGGACAUCGACCAUACGGUGGAAGCACGUCAUGCCGGCAAUGGAGAUAUCGUCCUGCAACCCACGCCUUCGAAUCAUCCAGAUGAUCCACUCAACUGGACACCGCGUCGCAAGUUACUUGCAUUGAUAUGCCCAAAUUUAUAUGUCUGGAUGUGUGGUAUCGCACAAUCGAGCAUCUACUCCGUGAUCGUACCCCUUUCCGAAUCGAACGGCAUCUCAGUAUCGACCUUGAACGAAGGCAGUGGUUUCAUGUUCCUGCUCAUAGGAUGGAGUCAACUGUUCUGGCAACCAUUUGCUCUCACAUACGGAAAGCGCAUAGCCUACCUCAUCUCCAUCCUGGGUGUCACAGCCAUUACUCUCUGGAGUCCAUACGUCAAGACCAAUGGUGAAUGGAUCGCACGAAGUAUCUUACUUGGCUUCUUUGGCGGCCCAUACGAUGCUUUGCCCGAAGUGUCUAUCGCUGAUAUCUACUUCACUCAUCAAAGAGGCACCGGUCUGAGUAUCUAUGCUUUCUGUGCUUUGGCCAGCAACUACUUCGCCCCGAUAAUCUCUGGCUUCAUCGCGGAGCGACAGGGCUGGGAGUGGGUGUUCUACUGGCCCGCGAUCUUCACCGGGUCGACCUUCGUCUUCCUGUUCUUCUUCCUGGAAGAGACGAACUAUGACCGGGUCAUCACCGGAACCGUCUUCGUGCCAGGCGCACAGCCUCCUCAAGAUUUUGAUGAUGACGAUAACAACCCGAAGACCUCCACGCUAUCAGCAGUCCAAACCAUCGCAAGCGGAGAAAUGCGAAUCCCAGCCAAAACAAAGUCCUUCACGCAAAAGCUCUCCCUCUGGCACCCCUCCCAAAACGGAACCAUGCUCAGCCAUCUCCGCAGCAUUACUCUCUACCUGACCUGGCCCGUAGUCCUCUACACCGGUUUCUCGGCUGGCUCGUACCUAAUCUGGUUCAACAUCUUAAACGCCACCGCCUCGCUCGUGCUAAGCGACACACCCUACUUCUGGGGCGCCGAAGCUGUCGGGCUCAGCUAUUUCGCGCCCAUGAUCGGCUGCGGCAUCGGCAUGCUGGUCGCCGGCCGGUUUAGCGACUACUUGACGGUCAAGCUGGCGCGUCGCAAUGGUGGUGUCUCGGAAGCUGAGUUCCGCUUGUAUCCGUUCAUUGUAUGUGUGGUAAUGGUGCCUGCGGCUGCGAUUCUGUGGGGUGUGGGUGCGGCGCAGGAGAUCCAUUGGUUUGGACUGCUUGUCGCGAUGGGGAGUCUGGCAUUUACGACUUGUCUCGGGUUUACGCUGAGUAUCAACUACCUGAUUGAUAGCUAUCCGGGGGUUUGUGGAGAUGCAAUGGCGGCGACUAUCAUUAUUCGUGAUACUAUGAUGUUUGCUGUCAGCUAUGCGAUCACGCCCUGGGUUACCAACAUGGGAUAUCAGAACUGCUUCAUCUCCGCGGCAUUCAUCGGUCUGGCAUGCGUAUCAACAUUCCUGAUAAUGAUCAAAUACGGCAAGACAUUGCGCAAGCGAAGCAGUGACAAGUACUGGAGCAUCGUUGGCGCUGGCGGUGGCCACUAAAUAUGCGUGCCUAGAAGGCUACGAACCAACAAUACAUCGUUCAUACCCAUUUCCAGUCCCCCAUCUACCACCUCCCAUCCACAUCCCCUCUCGUCGUCAAAUUCCCAAACGGCCCCAAACUAGGCGGUACAUCCUCCGGCCCCGUCCCCCACUCGCUCUCCUCCGGCCCUAGCGUCAACUCCAGCACGCCACCUUCAAGGAAGAAACUAUGCGUGAUCCAAUUCCUCGUAUACGGCACCCCAUCCAGCGUC